UGUGAAAAACUGAAACUCGUCACUGAACCGCUGUCGGCGUUGUAGUAGGAGUUCUUCAAAUCUUGCAUCACUGCCCUGGACAAUACGAGAAGAUAAGUGGAGAACACUGUGCAUAUUCUAUAGUACGUUUAAUCAUAGUAUGCUAUUAAUGUAGUGACGUGUUAUAUUUUUUAAACCAAACAAAUAAGGAAUUAAUCCCGGAGAUUGGCUGAAAACGUACAAAUAUCUUAGGAAGGUAAGAUGAUGCAGGAUGAGCAUCUGAGUGGUCCAGGGAGACAAAAUGUUUUCAGUCAAGCAAUAGGAAGAAUAUCACAAAUAUAUCAAAGAUAUUUGGAUCUGUGGACACCUCAUGUAAUAUCAAGGUGGACAUUCGCAGUGUUACUAUUAUUUGUUUUUACACUGCGUAUAGUUUUUACACAAGGAUGGUAUAUUGUCACAUACGCAUUAGGAAUUUAUCACUUGAAUUUAUUUAUAGCAUUCCUUACACCAAAAAUUGAUCCUGCAAUGGAUUUUGAUGAUGGAGAGGGUCCAGAGUUACCCACUAGAUCUAACGAGGAAUUUAGGCCAUUUAUUAGGAGGUUACCAGAAUUUAAAUUCUGGUAUUCUGUAAUGAAAUCUACGGUCAUGGCAAUGAUAUGCACUAUGUUUGAUUGCUUUAAUAUACCGGUGUUCUGGCCGAUAUUAGUUAUGUAUUUCAUAACAUUAUUUUGCAUUACCAUGAAACGUCAAAUAAAGCAUAUGAUCAAAUACAGAUACCUGCCCUUCACUCAUGGCAAACCAAAGUACCAGAAUCACGAGGAUACUUCGAGGAGUCCGCUUUUGGAAAUUUGAGAGUGGUAUCUCGUAGCAUUUACAAAAA